CCCUUACCUCAUCCAAACUCCUUUACGUAGGUAGCGAGGCAAGGGGGCAGACUACGCCCCGUCAACGAACGACGGUACCGCCGCGCACGCAGCUAUAUACGUGGUGAGAAGGUAGCGGGAGACGGAGCACAGGUAGAGGGGCAGGGGCUGACCGGCGGUACCAUGCCGCUGAAGGAGGGCAACACGCCCUGGUUCCACUUUGACCCUGUCCUCUUCUUGCCUCUGUGGAUCGGGAUCUGGCGAUGGGGAGCGUACCUGAUCCUGAAGGGCAUCCCCAGCCUGCUCUACAAGCCGAUACCCAUCAGCGAAGAGCUUGAGCAAGGUCACUUGCCCGUCAGCACUCAGAUGAUGACCAUGAUCAUCCCCGUUUACAUGCCGGAGCCUGGCUUCGAGGAGUGCCUCCAGAGCUGGGUCGAUAAUCGACCGAAAACCAUCGUGAUUGUGGUGGACACCAACUCGUAUCAACAGGUGCUCAACAUCGUUGAGACCGUGAACCCUCGCGCCACCAUCAUUCGCGUCGUGGAGGAGUCCAAGCCCGGCAAGCGCGCCGCCAUGUACACUGGGCUGGCCUACGUUGACACGGAGAUCACCGUGUUCGCUGACGAUGAUGCUCUCUACGGCCCCGCCGUCCUCAAGAGCCUCAUCAUGCCCUUCAAGGACCCGGCCAUGGGCGGUUGCGGCACCCGGCAGAUCGCUCGCCCGAAGGCGGACAAGUUCUGCUUCUCGGACAUCAUGAUGGACAUGCGUCUGUACCAGCGAUACCUGGAGUACCGCGCGACCACCUUCAUGGGCGGCGGUUCAACGUGCCUUUCAGGCCGAACCAUGGCUUACCGCACGCAGCUGUUCCGCUUUGACGGCUUCAAGAACUACUUCCUGAACGAGCACUUCGCUGGACAGCUGCAGCUUUCGGGAGAUGACAAGUGCCUGACGCGCCUGUGUAUCAUGUCGGACUACAAGAUGUGGCAUCAGAUCUGCGAGGUGUGCACCCUGUCCACCCAGUUCGAAGCGGGCGCCAAGCUCCGCGCGCAGCUUCUGCGCUGGAGCCGCAACUCGUGGCGCUCGGACAUCAAGAUGCUCUUCCUCGAGCGCUCGGUGUGGCGCAAGUACCCAUGGCUCGCUGUGACGUCGCUCGACAAGAUGAUCUCCCCCUUUACCAUGGUGUACGGUCCGAUGGCCGUCCUGUUCUACGCUUUCUGGGAGCAGAACAUGUUCAUCCUUGUCGCGUUCGCGUGCUACAUCCUGGUGACCCGCGUGAUGAAGACCGUCAUGUACUUCACCUGGUCCCGUCCGCGUCCCCCCUGCCGGUGGUUCUGGUACAUCGGCCCCUUCAUCUUCGUGCAGUACUGGGGAGCCGUGAUCAAGCUGUACGCCCUGUGCACGCUCAAGGACCGGAGGUGGGGCAACCGCGAGGUGAAGGUGAAUGCCCAAAACGAGAUCGUGAGGACCGGAGAAUUUGAAGACGCGGAAGAAGAGGAGGGCGACGCGGCCGCAAAGGAGGCGCCGCCCGGCAUGUCGCCCGAGGGCAGCGAGGAGUGGGACGAUCAGGAGUACGAGCAGGAGGGCAAGCACGAGUACACCGGGGACGUGGGGCUCGAGAUGGUGGACGUGGAUUUGGAACAAGAGCGUGAGGCCGCCAGGCACUCGCAGCACGCACACCAGUACAGUGGCGGAGGCGGCGCGGUCUACUAAAAAUGAGAUCGAAGAAACGAGUGGCAUUUUUCUUGCUGCUUUUUCUUUUUUUCUGUGGCCCCUGCUUUGUGGUGGCGUCAUCGCUUGUCUGCCCUGCUGCCAAGCAGUGGAUUUUGCGUGAGUUUUGCCUUCGCUUUCCUCCCGAGUGGUAGCCCAAUGUUGGUUGUUUUCGUUGUUGUUGGGUGUUUGUCGUGUGGUGGUGUGUCGACCGUGGGAGGGGAGUCCGUCCGCAGCCAAGCCGUGGUGGUCUCGGAUCUCACGUCUUCGGAAUUAUCGGAAGUUUUGGGGUUCGGUCUCCUUCUUGUGAGGGGAUAAGAAUGAUGCGAUGAUGAAAAUGUAUGAUUUGAACUUGAGCAGCCGAUCAAGAGUCAUGGCGGGGGAUCCAAGCGACGUGCAUCGGAGGCAAGUCAGUAUCGUCAGUCACCCCAGACGACAGUUCUGCGACACGGUUUUGAGAUGAUAACGAAGUAUUUGCAUCUGAGAUACCUUUUAGCAACGUGCUGAAGAGAGGAGUGCUCUCUGCUCCGAACCACUUCCCGAGAGGGAGAGCCGCUGUCUCUGUUGUUCUUGGCGGGGGAUUCGAGGCGCCUGGUGUUGUGGAGAAAAACGAGAGCUUGCUUGUCGCCCACCGUCUACUUUUCCCCGUGUUGCUUACGGAAACGAAAGAGGGUGCGGGUGGAGGAGCUCUUCGCUUAAUUUUUUUUUUUCUGGAAGCCAGCCAGCGGGGCUGUCCACCAAUUCCUGCGUGGCAAGGCAAACACGUGCUGAUUGGACCGGCCAUUAAUGGCGAGGCGCUUAUCAGUCUAUUGUAUGUUAUUUUUGUGUUAGUGGCAGCGGGAGGGGCAGGGGGAAAACCCUCUGUACCCGCGCACUACAUUGUUCGUUUUGUUCGUUCUUUUUUUUUUGUCUUUUUUCCCCAGCACGAAGUUGUCACGAGAUGCUUGUGCGGGGGUGUACGGUCUAAUGUUAUAGAGUACUUGUCGGCAGGAUAAUUUCGCAUCUCCCUUGGUAAGUUUUUCGUGCGUGCGUUAUAGUUAUGGUCCUGUUUGUUCCUUCCAAUUAUGUCUCCAUAGUUAUGGUCCUGUUUGUUCCUUCCAAUCAUGUCACCGCCGUGGAAGGCUUGGAUAGACUGGCUUGUCGCUUUUCACGUUACGGUCGUCACGAAGGCGCUCCUCGAGGUUUGCCAACUCAAAAGCUUGGGAGGGGGGCGCGCGGGGGGGGGUAAGACACACGUAUCGUGGAGGCUGAGUUGAUGAUGCACACAGCGCUGACGUAUCAGCUUUCUUGCUGGCUUUGCCUGAUCGUUGGCCUGGCCCGUCCGUCCGUUCGUCCGUGCAGUUUUUUUUUUCGGCAGGUGCAAACGUUCUUUUUUGUGUGUAGCCGAACGCCCGUAACAUACUGAAUGAUUACAACAGUCUGGGUAGGAUCGUAAGUAGCAUUGAGCGGGAUAUUUGUAGGCACGACAAGCGAGAUAAGCGUUGAGACUUUUUUUGUCUGCAGGAAUGGGGUUGAAACCACGGAGGGGGCGGCGAGAGUUUGAAUCACGAUUUUCUUGUUCUAUUUGUGAGCGGCUUGUCAAGAUAUCGCAAGCGGGUGAGAGAGAAAGCGCGGUUUGCUUGGAUCAGGAGCGUGGAUGAAGUGUGCCAUACUGUGUUUAGUACUGUGCUGUAACACUAUCGAUGGGUGGCUUGUGAUAACAACAGCAGCGUACAAAACUCGGGUAACGUUAUGCGUUCAGGUCGAUGUCGCCAACUAUGGCAAUUUUUUUAACUCGUGAACGGGAGGGGGAAGGGGUGGGGUGGGGGGGCGUUGAGCGGAGGAUGAAAUGAUGGUUGUUCUUGUGCAUUGAAGGUGGAUAUGCAACACUGGAUGCAAACCACCUGCGAAUAGAGUCAAUCACCAGUCCCGCUUUUUCUCUAGUUUCGUAGGCCGGUUCUAGGAUGAAAGUUGUCUUCACAACAUGCAGCCAGCACAGGGAGAGUUAUAAUUAUUCUGCAGUACCCUGUGGUGUAUUGCGUUCGGGAGGACACACGCAAUCGGCCUGACUUCGGCGGGUGGCACGGCCGCCAAGCCCACCCACGAAAGGAUGGGGAAACGUUACUCACUACUCCAAUACGCGGUUAUUGCUUGUAUCAAUGGGUUCGUGAUUACUACUUUCGUCGUCCCUGUACACUGGGUGGUGUGAAGCGGUGGAAUGAGAAUUUAUCAGAGAAACCGCCUCCUCUUGUGAUUGAGGUGAUACCUCCAUGGGCUGCGAAAUAACCCCUCUUCUUGUUGUGACACUGAAUCCGAGCUGUCGUCGAGAUACACGGAAAGCCCGAGGGUGUGUGGAUGAAGCGAACGGUUGAGACGGACGGACGGCGUCAAGCAAACACGCGAAGGAGGGAUCGACAUGUUUAUACAAAAACCAAGAGCUGC